GAUAGACAAGCCCAUGUCUCUACGAACAGUGUAUAUAAUGCCUUGACGAUAUCUACCAUCAGGACAUCUUGAAACAUCAUUCAUCACAACAACUUACUCAACAAGCAUCAAUUUUACCUGUUUAAUCCCAUCUCUAACCUUCCACUCAAUCACUCUAAUACAUAAUCUAUCUUUCAAACCCAUAAAUCAAAAUGAAGACCUUCACUGCUGCUGCUCUCCUUAUCGCCGCCGUCAGCGCGCGCUCAACUCCUCUCCGCGUCCGCCAGAACGGCGUCGGCAAGUACACGGUCUUGCCAACGCUCCUGGCCUCUCACGAUGUCAUCGCCGGCGACAACGUCCUCGCUCAGAACACCAUCACCGCCCGCAACAAUGGGAUCGAGACAUCAACUCUCUACGAGAUCGAAUUUCCUGAGUCUGUCUCCGGCCUCACCUGCGAAGCUCACUUCUUCGCUGGCCGCACUACCGACUCCGUCGUCGGGACCGGCGAACUUGACUUCUUCACCACCGGUAUCGAGGACUUGGCCGAGCAGGCCAGUGGUAACCUCCGCGACCAGGCUUUGGGCCGCAUCAGCUUUGUUGCCAUCGGCGAGGACUUUGUCAUCGACCCUACGGUCCCUUUCGUCUUUGCCGGUGGAUUCCCUUGCCCUACUGGAACAUUCGUUAUUGAGAGCGCUGCUGUUGGUGACUUUGAUGUUGUCACUGUCGGUCAGGACCUCGCUGGUGCUUGGACCCCCGCCAGUGGUAAGCCCAACGGGUUGAGCUUCAUCGCCUACUAAUUAUGGCGAUGGUGAACGGAGAACGGUACGGUUUUGAUUGGGGCGUUGUUGCAUUUGCGAGUUUUUGCUCAGGUUGGGAUUUGCAUUUUCAGGUUGCGAGCAGCAUAGCGAUUUGGGUACUGUUUAGGUCAUAGUUGGUUCAGCAUAAGUCAUGAGUUCACUAAUACACUCUUGUCG